GUUACUGACCUUUCUCCUGACUCUCGUCUUCUCUGUGUAGUGGAGAUAUUUCAUCCAACGGAAAUUACAUUUGAUAUGAUGCCCAUUGCUACUGUGCUCAGCAUCCUGAUUCAUGUACAUGAUUUUUAACAGCAGCUGAUGCCUUCACGACGUUUCCAUUACAAAAGCCGUCAUGGCUGUCUGGUGUGCAAGGCACGUAAAGUCAAGUGCGAUCGACAACGGCCGGCUUGCAGUCUUUGCAUCAAGCGCGGUGAAAUAUGCGCAUAUAAUAACGACGACUGCCAUUCAAUUCAAUUUAUAAUGUAUAACAGCCACGCUAGAAACGACCAUGAUACUGCUUUUUAUUAUUACAACCAAAACCCGACAUUUUUAACCAAUCCAUGGCCUUCUAACCAUGCCCCCUUAACCCGACAUCCGUUCAAUGCGGAUCUAUCACUCUUAGAGCAUUUCACAACACAAGUUAGCUAUACGCUGACGGAUCGAAUUCCUGUCCAAACCUUGUAUGCUUCAUUAAUUGUUCAAAUUGGCUUUGAUCAUGACUAUGUGGCGCACUCCCUGCUCUCAGUCUCUGCACUCCAUUUGAUACAAACAGAGAACAUGUCCAAGGCCGAGGCUAGACAUCAUCGAUUGUUAAGUCUUCACCACCAAACCGCCGCAUUGGCUUUGCUCAGACCGCAACUGGCCCUGAUUACUGCUGAGAACUGUGACUCUGUGUACAUAUGCGGGGCUUUGAUCUUCAUUAUCGCCGUUGCAUCUGCGCAGCCUUUGGAUCCUUCGACGCUUCUUGUGCGUAUGGGCGAGUUUGCAGAACUCGCCCAUGGCGUCUACGUGGUCAUCGAAGGAGAGAGCACGAAAGCACUCAAGAUGGGACGCUUGAAACCGUUUUUCAAUUUGGAGAAAUGGGAUCAUUUGAUAUGCGCAUCACCUGAACAGGUACCGAGUAAAGCGGUUAUUGGAGACUUGCACAACAUGAUAGACCUGCAGCCGCCUGAGUUGGAUCCUUUGAAACCAAUAUACCGUGGUGCUGUGCAAAGCUUGAAUCUCAAUAUGCUGGCUAUGCACGCCAACCCUUCGCACUCGGCGAUGAUUUUUAUGUGGUUGGUCUAUUUGACUCGCGAGUUCACUGCGUUGAUAGCAGCAAGGGACCCAGUUGCUCUGCGGAUUCUGCAGGCUUAUGGCGAGUUCUCUCAAAGGGCGUCUGAUAAAUGGUGGGCUAAGCAGUGGGGAGGGGAUAUUGUUGCCGGGACGAGGUGUGUUUUGCAACACCAAAAUAACGAAUUAUUUUUGCCUCAACGUCAAAUGGCUGGCAUCAGCCGGGAGGACUGCGUUGCUUUUUAAGGGAAUGUCAGAGAAUGUGCAAGCUUUAUUCGGACAAUAUCAUGGUCAUUUCAAACCAGUCUUGAUCCAUCCCAAGGAAUUUAUGGAAUCUUUUAUAUAGCCUCUGUUCACCUCUGUAUCGAAUGAUCAAAUGUUGCGUAGACAGU